AUGGCAGAGAAGAAGAAGGGUGAAGAGAAUGAGGAAGAAUUUGAUGUUGGUUUGGAGAAGCUGAAUCUUGGAGCUAGAAAAAAGUUGGUGGUGAUGAAUCUUAAUGGGUUACUACUUCACAGAACUAAUCGUGGUAGCAAGCAACAAAUUAUAACUUCUCGACCUGCUGAUUGGAAAAGUAGAAAUUAUCUUGGGUUCAAGAGGCCCUUUUGUGAAGAAUUUAUGAAAUUCUGCAUGGAAAGAUUUGAAGUGGGGAUAUGGUCUUCCACAAAGGAGCAUAACAUCCAUGCAGCCUUAAAUUGUGCAAUUGGGACAUUGAAGAACAAACUGCUAUUUGUUUGGGGUCAGGAUCAAUGUACUAAUUCUGGGUUUAGGUCCUUGGAGAACAAAUACAAACCUCUUUUUUUCAAGGAAAUGAUAAAAGUAUGGGAUAAUGUGAAGAUAGGAGGCCCAUAUUCUGCUUCAAAUACUUUGCUCAUUGAUGACAAGCCAUACAAGGCCCUUCUCAACCCUGAUAAUACAUCAAUAUUCCCAGAGCCAUAUAAGCCUGAGGAUGAAGCUGACAACACUUUGGAUCCAAAUGGUGAGCUUUGUUUGUACUUGGAAGGUGUUGCUGAGGGUAGUGAUGUUGAGUCAUAUGUGAAGGAUCAUCCAUUUGGUCAACCUGCAAUCACUUCCUCUCAUCCUCAUUGGACUUUUUACUCCCAACUGAGAGAAAAUCUUCACAAGAAGGAAAACUGA